GAGAGCAACACAAAAACCUUUCGUCUUCCAGCAGAGCUACGCCCGCCUUCGAAAGCAACGGCAACAAACAAACGCAAUGGCCACGAUCGUCAGGGACAUCCCUCCCGUGCCACCCGAGGAAGAAACGCCCGGGUUCGACGGAGAAAGCACCAUCGUCUUCUCCCCUUCGACGGCGGCGACGACGACGCAUUCCGCGGCGCCGGAAGCCGACGACGAGGCCCUGGCCCGGAGGCUGCAGGCCGAGUGGAACGCCAGCGACCACCCGGCGGCAGCGGCUCCGGCAGAUCCCCACGGGGCACCCCCGCCGCUUCCACCGGCGCCCCACACGCCGCAGCCGGCCCCCCGGGUCGCCACCGUGUCGAAUCCCUGGGAGUUCGACGCCCAGCAGGCCUCGUGCACCUCCUGCGGGGAGGGCUUCCACGCCUUCAACCGGCGGCACCACUGCCGGCUGUGCGGGAAGAUUUUCUGCAACAGCUGCAGCGACCAGCGCGCCCUGGUCCCGCCCUCGGCGAUCGUCCUGACCCCGAGCAAGGGGGGCAAGAAGGCCAAGCCGCCGAACGCGGAGGACCCCCGCAACCGGACCGGGGGCGGGGCGACGUUCACGCCGGAUCCCGAUCCCGACCGCAUGCUGACCUACAUCGACGAGGACAAGCAGCUCCUCUACGGGAAGGGGCUCGAGGAACGGUGAGUUGCUUUGGUUUUUUUUUCAGGUUUGUGUGUGUWUUUUUUUUUGGGGGGGAAAGGCGUGCUCAGUAUGUGCUGGGUUUGGUUCUUGGGGUGUGUCGGUAUCGUGCUCUCGACCUUGCAGCCAGGACAAAACGAAACGACGUUCCAACCGUGCAUGUUUUGGGUGGUGUAAAUCAUUUGUUUGAUCGGGGAAUUUAAUGUUGUGCUUUUAGCACGGUGACUUUUUUCUUUUGAAACUAUGACUUCAUCGGUCUCGGUAACGCAAAGGGGGCCGGGGAUUUCGGAUUUUGGCCACGCGACAAAAAAAGGAACGACAAUUUCAUCCCACCUCAUCCCAUCCCAUUCUUUUGUUGUCUUUUAUUUUAUUUUCUAUUCUAUUCAUUGGUGGCUUUUUCCGAAACGCAACGCGAAACAGAUUCCAGCUGGCUCGGGAACCCCUCCGGGUGUGCACGGGAUGCCACCAACAGCUCCAGCCAGUCCAGGAAGAACUGCGCACGACCAACAGCAACGCAAUGCGCUUCAAUCACAUCGAUCCGACGGAUCCCAAACGCUUUCUGAAUUCCCCACUGGCGUUUACGCUGGGACACGAGGUGCGAAAGGCGGCAUACACCCUCAACAACAUGCUGCCGAUGCCCAAACGAAUGGGAUCGACCAUCGGGGGAUUCGGUGAGUCCCCUCGGUACACCAGCAAUGGCCACGGCGACCACAAAUUUGACGAGUUCCUGACGGGCGAAGACCUCGACCUCCAGCAGUGCAAGGACGAGUGCGCCACCAUUACCCCCAACUUUUCGAACCUCGACGGUGUCCGCAUCCCGGCCCGGCUGUUGGAGGAAGCCAAGGGCGUCGCCGUCCUGACGGUUGCCAAGGGUGGAUUCGGACUCGCGGGAGCCGAGUUCGGAACCGGACUGGUGGUGGCCCGCCUCGGGGACAACCAGGAGUGGAGCGCCCCGUGUGCGAUCGGGACGGCGGGCCUCAGCUGGGGGGCACUCAUCGGAGCGCAGGUCUCGGACCACGUCUUUUUGUUGAUGACGGAUGCCGCGGUCGAAUUGAUGUUCCACAACGACGGGAACCUGCAGCUAGGUGCGGACGUGGGUGUGGCGCUGGGUCCGGUAGGAAGAGCACUGGAAGCGGAUUUUGCGGCCUCCCCGGGGGCCUUUGCCCCCAUCUACACAUACUCCCUUAGCAAGGGGAUGUACGCCGGGAUCUCGCUCGACGGGAAGAUGAUCGUGACGCGGAACCGGGUCAACGAAAAAUUUUACGGGCGCGAGAUCACGGGCCARCAGAUCCUGAACGGAGAGAUCCCGUCGCCCCCCGCGGCCCGGCCUCUCUACGACGCCCUCGCGCGGUGCCACGUCUAUGCGAAAAACGAUGCGGGGGGCGGCGGCAGCGGGGCGGGCGGCCUCCUCCAUCGACCCAAGACCCGCGUCAUGCACGGAUAUCCGGAGGUCCUCCCUCCGCACAUGGAUCCCUAUUCCCAGGGCUUUGGCAACGCUCACGCGAACACGAACACAAAUGCCGGGGGUGCCGGCGCGGUGGGGCGAUUCCACCKGCAGCCGUCGCCGCCUCUCGAUUACGGCGAUCCCCUGAUGCCGCCGGCGCCGAACGACCAGCAUUCGUUCACCGGGCAAUCCCACAUGAGCGACAUCACCUCGGAUCCGGGGUACUGAGCAGGAACGGAGUGGUGCAGUGGAACAGUAGAAUCUACCGUCAAUCUUUACCGGCGUGAACACUCAAUUUCUGUUCCGAAGCUGGUUGAGUUCAGGCCGAUGCGUUCCGUGUGAACACGUAUCCGCGUUGAUCUUUCGCUUUUUUCGCAAGCCGUGAAGACUGUAUGUUCUCGUCAUUCUUUUUGUGGUGACGUCAAUGUUGUAUUUCUACGCAUUGGGACUUUCUUAUUCCUCAAGACCCGUCUAUUGAUAYAAUAGUAUAUAUUUGUUUGAAUAGAAAAGUGAUUUUCCA